ACAUGAGAGGUCUGUUUCUGGUUUUAAUGCUCUUGGUUUUUGCCAUCGUGGUGGCCCGGGCCCUCAAUUGUCAGCCGUGUAAACUACUGGAGGCCCGAAAGGCGCACGCCAACGACACCCAGGCCCCUCAGCCCAAAUAGUAUUGGCAAAAGCUAGUGGAAGAUGCGAUCCAGAGAGCAGCUAGCAAUUAUAAACAGCUUGUUUGGUUAAUUAGCAAAACCUACGCACACUUGUGCUAUUACAAACUUUUGGAGGUAUAUAAUGUGAAACUUGGAAACAAACAGAGAUUCGGAAGCUCAGUUUCAGUUGAGCAUUCGCGGCGAUAAGACGAAGACCCCGACUUCCCAGCAUUCUUAUUCAAUAUUGGAAGAAAUCUCAGAGGAGCGACAAUGAAGUGCCUUUCUU